AUGAAGCGGGGCGCCGCUGUCCUGCUCGCCGCCGUCGUGGCGCUGCUCCUGAUCUCGGCCGUGCGGGGCGAGGACGAGUGCGGGUCGCCGGAGUCGGCGGCGCGCGACCGCGCGCGGGCGAGGCCUCUCAAGAUCGCGGCCUUCUUCUCCAUCCUCAUCUGCGGGGCUAUGGGUUGCUCCCUGCCCGUGCUGGGGCGACACGUGCCCGCGCUCCGGCCCGACGGCGACGUCUUCUUCCUGGUCAAGGCGUUCGCGGCGGGGGUAAUCCUCGCCACGGGGUUCAUCCACAUCCUCCCCGACGCGUUCGAGAACCUCACGUCGGACUGCCUGCCCGCCGCCGGGCCGUGGAAGGACUUCCCGUUCGCCGGGUUGGGAGCCAUGGUCGGCGCCAUCGGCACGCUCGUGGUCGACACCCUCGCCACGGGGUACUUCACGCGCGCCCACUUGAACAAGGACCGAGCCCACGGCAGCAGCGCCGCCGUGGUUCUUGAGCUGGGUAUUGUGGUGCACUCGGUGAUCAUCGGCAUCUCCCUCGGCGCGUCUCAGGACCCGGAAACAAUCAAACCUCUCGUCGUCGCCUUGAGCUUCCACCAGAUGUUCGAAGGAAUGGGCCUUGGUGGCUGCAUAGUUCAGGCAAAGUUCAAGGCUAGGUCCAUUGUGACCAUGAUCCUCUUCUUCUGCCUGACAACGCCGGUGGGCAUCGCCAUCGGCUUCGGCAUAUCGCGAGUGUACAACGAGAACAGCCCGACGGCGCUGGUGGUGGAGGGCAGCCUCAACUCCGUGGCAGCGGGGACCCUCGUCUACAUGGCCCUCGUCGACCUCCUCGCCGAGGACUUCAUGAACCCAAAGGUGCAGAGCAGGGGGAAGCUGCAACUCGGUAUCAAUGUCUCCAUGUUGGUCGGUGCAGGCCUCAUGUCCAUGCUCGCCAAAUGGGCCUAG